CCGUGGCCCCGCCCCCUCCCCAAGGCCCCGCCCUUCCACUUUGGCCCCCGCCCCUCGCCCCGCCCCUCCCGCCGGCUCUCUGGGCUCCGCGAGCACAGAGCGGGCCUGGGGACUCUGCAUCCCGCCGCGGCGCCACAGCAUGGGGCGCUUCCGCGGGGGCCUGCGGUGCAUCAAGUACCUGCUGCUCGGCUUCAACCUGCUCUUCUGGCUGGCAGGCUCGGCAGUCGUUGCCUUCGGACUAUGGUUUCGGUUCAGCAGCGCCAUGAAGGACUUCUCAUCAGAAGACACAUCCCCAGAGUAUGUCUAUGUGGGGCUCUACGUGCUGGUUGGAGCAGGGGCCCUGAUGAUGGCCGUGGGGUUCUUCGGCUGCUGUGGAGCCAUGCAGGAGUCCCAGUGUAUGCUCGGAUCUUUUUUCACCUGCCUCCUGGUGAUAUUUGCUGCUGAAGUAACCACUGGAGUAUUUGCUUUUAUAGGCAAGGAUGUAGCUAUUCGACAUGUGCAGACCAUGUAUGAGGAGGCAUACAACAGUUACCUGAAGGACAGGGGGAAGGGUAAUGGGACACUCAUCACCUUCCACUCAACAUUUCAGUGCUGUGGGAAAGAAAGCUCUGAGCAGGUCCAGUCCACAUGCCCAAAAGAGCUGCCAGGAGACAAGAACUGCAUUGAUGAAAUCGAGUCUGUAAUCAGUGUUAAACUUCAGCUCAUUGGAAUUGUUGGCAUUGGAAUUGCAGGUUUCAUGGUCUUCGGUAUGAUCUUCAGCAUGGUCCUCUGCUGCGCCAUCCGGAACUCCCGGGAUGUGAUCUGAAGCUGCAGCUGCGUGCUUUCCACAGAGCCAGGAGCUGCUCCCAGAGCGUCUUUACUAAUCAGAAGACACUCAUAGCAAAAGGGAUUUGCUGUUAAUUGUACAUUUGCACAUGUAUGUUUGACUUGUUCCUGGUUACCCUGUGAGUGGAUGCGACACAUGACGACAAAGAGCAUUCUUAUUUGUGGUCUGUGUGUUUGGGUACAUGCAUUAUAUAUAGUGAUAUAUAAUUUCGCUGGAAAUUCCUGCUUCUUGUCAUGUGAGAUAUAGAACUGAUUUAACUCGGCAGGGGGUAUUUUUUAAAAAGCUUUGAUAAACUUGAAAAUGAGUGAUAAUGGGUCAGUUUCUCAGAUUCUAGCCAUAGAACUGAGAUAGAAAUAUUGGGGGUUUCUAGCCAACAGCAGCAAUAAGCUAUGGGAACUGAGGGCAAGAUCACAGUGCAGUGUGAGAUUGCCUGUGCCUGAGUUGACUCCGUCUAAGUAUAUGUGUUUCCUGGGAUUUCUCUUUUUAAAUACACACUCUCCCUAGAAUUCAUUGCAUCAUAAUUUAAGGACUAAACACAUCUGUUAAACUAAGUAUAGCAUGGAAAAUCUAAUUGGGAUAAGUCAUGUUUUCCUAGUAUUUACAUACAAAAAAUUUUUAAAAACUUCCUCUGGAGAGUGAUCUAACAGACAAUCAAACGCCCUUUAAAAGUGAAGUGAGUGCAUGUAGCAAAAUCUUUUAAUAGCUUUUUAAAGGAAAUAUUUUUGUUCUUAUAGCAAGACAUUGAAAUACUGCUCUGUUACAUUUCCUUUCUUGACUGCUCUGAUCUACUGCAUUCUUCACAUCUUUAAAAGGGCUUUUAACCUCAAAGAUCUCUGUGUUUCUCUAAGUGUAAGGACUAAAGCAAGAAAUCUGGCAGCUGCACAUAAUAGGAGAGAAACUUUUUCUUGGCCCUAUGUCUUAGAUGUACCUCAUAACUUGUGUUUACAUGUUUUCCUAUUUGGGGGGAUUCUUCUUUAUUUAUUUUCCUAGAAAAUACUUCCUCUGAGAUUAAAUGCUACAUUUUUAAAGGAAAUUAAACAAAAUCCCACAUAAUUUAAAUACUAUCUCAUGAUCAUCCUUAGUCAAACCAAAAUGAAUAAAUAAAAGCAUCUUCAAAUGGUUUGCACACACCUGAAGCAUACUAAGGAAACAAAAUACACACAAAACAAAAUAUUUUCUCUCUGUGAAAGACUCCAAUGAAAAUAAAAUUUUUGCAAUCUUGAUGCUUCAUUUUCAGUAUCUCAACCCAAAUUUAUAUCUAAAUUGACUAUUUGUCAGUGAUUUUUGAUAAUUGGGUACAUUUAGUAAAUCAUGCCUUUUGAAAUUAUAUGUUCAAAGACCACACAAAAGUGAUCUUAAUGGGAGACUUUGGAAAGCCCCAAGUGAAUGCUGGCACAAAGAGAACACAGUGUUUGGCGGACACAAAGGGAAAGUAAUAAACAAACUGUUUCAUGACCUACUUAUCUGAAACAUCUUUUCUCCCACAAAAAUUCACCUUUCUCUUUGUAUGCUUCGCUACUGCUACUAUCUUUGGAGGAAACUUUUCCAGAAAAACAUCAGCUUGGACACAAGAUCAAACAUUGAAUUGGUGAAUGGUUUGUGUCUAGAGCUAAAGAAAAGAUUAGUUUAAGAAAAACAUGUCCUGAGUCUGGGGAGAGAGUUCAAAGGCAAAGACCCACUUUCUAUCUCUGCUGCCCCAUGAUCACCUGAGUACAGGCAAGUGUAACUCUAGAGGUCCCUGUGCACUGCUAAAGUGACUGGGUCCCCCAGUCCUACUGGCUGAAGCAGUAUUGCUAGCAUGGGUCAACCCAUCUGGUGGGCAAGUAUUACUGGGAGGGGCCCCUUUGUCACCUGAACAUUGCCUGGGAGACUCAUCACCAAAAAGAAAAGAAAGAAAACAUUUCAUGAAAUAAGUGUUCCCCUGUAGUAGUUGAGAAAUGGAACCUUUGAAGUGAAGAAAAGUCUUUUGGUAACUUUAGAGAAUUUGUCUAGUCAGAGAAAGUAAACUGGUUCAGGUAGUCUCACAGAUUCAAAUCAUCUCUGGGUUAGCAAAAGUGAGUUUCAGUCUUUCAUUCAUAAAACUUAAGGAAAGCUACAAUAGAUAACAUAGGAAGAGUAGACUAUAAUUCCAUAUAUAAUUAAUGUGCCCCCUUGGAAAGCAAUUUAUCCAAAAUAUAGGCCAUGAAUAAAUUUAGAGAAUUCCACUUGUGAAAGUAGUAUUUAUUUAUAUACAUACAUAUAUAUAGUUCUCAUAUAUCUUGACUAUAUAAUCAUGGAGAUAUAUUUCUUAACUAUAUAUACACAUACAUAACUUGAAUAUAUGUCUACAUGGAUGUUUGAUGAUAUGGAUGUGUGUACUUCUGCAUACAUGCAUAUACAAAGUUUCGAUUAUGUCUGUUUGCUUAAGAUCAUACCUAAACAAUUUCCUUGAGCAUCUGGUGCCAAGGCACAAAAUGAAAGCUUCUUGAUGAUAAACUAUUUUAAGUUAUUUCAAAUUAAAUUUUCUAUGUAUUGGAA